AUGCUUUCUUUCCCCAAAACUUCCGUUUCCAAGUCAAUUGCGGGUGUUUCCUCUAGAAUAUCUUUAAGAAUGCUCACUGCCCACGCCGUUGUCUUUUCCGAUCACGGAGAACCAAAGGAUGUUUUGUCCACCCACACCUAUGAAAUCGACGAGAAUAACUUGUCUGCAAAUGAAAUCGUGGUUAAAACUUUAGGUGCACCUGUCAAUCCUUCUGACAUCAACCAAAUUCAGGGUGUCUAUCCCAGUCAGCCGGAAAAAACCACAGCUUUGGGCACCGAGAAGCCUCUGGCUGUAUGUGGAAACGAAGGACUUUUUGAAGUGUUGAAGGUAGGAUCCGCUGUCAAGAAUUUGCAGCCAGGCGAUUGGGCCGUACCCACCAACGUCAACUUUGGAACCUGGAGAACUCAUGCCUUGUGCAACGAUUCACAGAUGAUGAAGAUUCCAAACCCAAAACAAUCCAAAGCCAAUGGAAAGCCUCAGGGCCUCUCCAUUAACCAGGGAGCUACCAUUUCUGUAAACCCAUUGACUGCUUACUUGAUGCUUACACAUUACGUGAAAUUGACUCCAGGAAAGGACUGGGUUGUUCAGAAUGGUGGUAACUCUGCUGUUGGCAAGUACGUGACUCAGAUCCUGAGAAUUUUGGGAUUCAACUCGCUCUCGGUGAUCAGAGACAGACCCAACUUAGAUGAGGUCAUUGCAGGAUUAAAGGAGACCCAUGGAGCUACUCAAGUUAUCACUGAGGAGCAGGCCAACUCGCGUGAAUUCAACGCAGAGGUGAAGAAGUGGGUCAAGGAAUCUGGUGGAGAAAUCAAGCUUGGCUUGAACUGUGUGGGAGGCAAAUCGUCUACUGCCGUUGCCAGAAAGUUGGCCAACAAUGGCUUGAUGCUCACCUACGGAGGAAUGUCAUAUCAGCCAGUGAUUCUUCCAACCUCUUUGCACAUCUUCAAGAACGUAACCAGCGCAGGUUUCUGGGUCACGGCCUUGUUAAAGAAUGACCCUCAGUUGAAGAGAGCCACCAUGGACCAAAUUGUGGAGUGGUACGAGGAGGGAAAGCUCCAAGAUGCUCCUUCAGUUGAGACGAAGUACGAAGCAGAUUUGGCAGAUGCAUUCAAGGCUGCUGUUGCCAGCAGUAAGGACGGCAAGCAGCUUGUUACAUUCUAG